UGCCAGGUCCAUGUGAUCCAGAGGACCUGAUUGAUGGGAUCCUGUUUGCAGCCAGCUAUCUGGGCUCGACUCAGCUGGUGUCAGAAAAAACACCAUCCAAGAGUGUCCGUCUGAUGCAAGCACAGGAAGCAGCUCAACUCAUCAAGGAUGGUCAGACUGCAGCUCAGCCUGUGUUCGAGGUGGAUCUCUUCAUCUCCACUCAGAGGAUCAAAGUGCUGAAAGGUGACUCCCAGGAAAUCGUAUUGGACCAUCCUCUGAAAACCAUCUCCUACAUAGCUGACGUGGGCAACACCGUGGUUCUGAUGGCCAGGAAAAGAUUGUCUCACCAGGACUCUCAGGAUACUGUGGAGACCUCAGAAUCAAGUCAAGACCACAAGAGACAGUACAAGAUGACCUGUCAUUUGUUUGAGUCUGAUGAUGCCCAGCUGAUUGCUCAGUCCAUUGGACAAGCCUUCAGUGUGGCUUACCAGGAGUUCUUACGAGCUAAUGGUAUAAACCCUGAUGACCUGAGCCAGAAGGAGUACAGUGACCUGCUCAGCACUCAGGACAAGUAUAAUGAUGACCUCCUCCACUUCUCCAAGUCUGAGAACUGCAAAGAAGUGGUGAUAGAGAAAUCUAAAGGGGAGAUUUUGGGCGUGGUCAUUAUGGAGAGUGGGUGGGGCUCCAUCUUACCCACAGUAAUCAUUGCCAACAUAAUGCAUGCUGGGCCAGCUGAGCGGUCCGGCAGACUGAACAUCGGAGAUCAGAUCAUGUCCGUUAAUGGUACCAGUCUGGUGGGGCUCUCACUGUCAACCUGCCAGAACAUCAUUAAGGAUUUAAAAAACCAGUCUCGGAUAACUCUGAGUAUUGUAAGAUGUCCUCCGGUGACCACUGUCCUCAUCAGACGUCCUGCACUCCGUUAUCAGCUGGGAUUCAGUGUCCAAAACGGCAUUAUCUGCAGCCUUAUACGUGGUGGUAUUGCUGAACGAGGAGGGGUCAGAGUGGGACAUCGCAUCAUUGAAAUCAACACCCAGAGUGUGGUGGCAGUACCCCAUGAAAAAAUUGUCCAGAUCCUGUGCAACACUGUGGGAGAGAUCCACAUGAAGACCAUGCCUGCUGCCAUGUACCGUCUGCUGACCGCUCAGGAGCAACCUGUUUACAUCUGAGAAGUCCUGAACCCAGAGUCUACCCUCUGCAGUUCAUGCAGUCUGAGCUCCUAGUUAUGUUGAUUUGAUGUUUGUUUGUCCAGUGGGAAUUUAAAGGUCCUGUUUUUAUCUGUUUUCACUAAAAGACUUUUCUUACUGUGGCUCAUAAAAUAUAACAGAUUGAUCAUUUAAACCCACAGAAUCCUAAAACUGCUAUAUUCAUGGUUCACUGUUGUAAUCUAUGUAAUACAUGUACCCCAAGUUUAUUUUGUUUAUUUUAGACAAAUAAAACUCUGAAGUCCAACCUGAACCCAGACA